GUGCAAAAACGAUGCCAUGUGAAACUCUAUAACAGAACACGCUGUCGUUUUCAUCUUUCAAUCCCAUUUUUCUUUUUUGUUUGUAAUAGAAUGUAAUGUAAUAUAUAUAUUAUCUAUAUAUAUAUAUAUAUAUAUUUGUAUAUUUAAUUAUUGUUGUUCUAAUCAGAGGAAUAAUAUUACGGGAAAGGGAAUUUUUCCAACGGGGUGGUGUUGUUUUCGAGCUCAGCUUUCCAGAGCUUGAAUUCAUUUCCAUUUUACUGGGGGGGGGGGGGAUGGAAAUAGAGUUAGGGUUGAACGGAAAUCUUGGAUUUGUAGAAAGUGGUGGGAGUUAAAAGAUUGAGGGGGAAAAAAAUUAAAGUCUGUUUGCUUAAAAAAGCCCCCACAUUUUCUUGUUCUUUACAACUGAUUUCCUCUUUCUUUUUUUUGUUCUUUUGGGGGAGGAGGUGAAAGAUGAAACGGGGGAAAUUUGAUGUAAUGGUAUCAAGAAAUCGAAUCAGGUUGCUGCAAAUUUUGAUGGGUUUGGUGUUUUUGUAUCUACUUUUCAUGAGUUUUGAAAUCCCGUUGGUGUAUCGAACCGGAUUUGGGUCGGUGUCUGGUGAUGGAACGUUGGGUUUCACAAGCGAUGCUUUGCCGAGGCCGUUUUUGCUUGAAAGUGAAGAAGAAAUGGGGGAUAAAGAUGCCCCUCGUAGACCUUCUGAUGAUCCCUUUCGGAUUUCUCAUGGCUCGCCGCAUCGGACACCGGAGAGACGAAUGCGUGAGUUCAGGAAAGUUUCGGGUUUAGUGUUUGAUGAAAGCACUUUUGAUCGUAAUGCUAGUAAGGGAGAGUUCUCCGAGCUUCAAAAAGCGGCUAAACAUGCUUGGGUAGUGGGGAAGAAGCUAUGGGAGGAGCUGGAGUCGGGGAAGAUUGAGCUUAAACCUAAAGCGAAGACGGAGAAUCAGUCGGAGUCGUGUCCACAUUCGAUUACGCUUUCUGGAUCCGAAUUUGAGGCACAGGGUCGGAUUAUGGAGCUCCCCUGUGGCUUGACGCUUUGGUCGCAUAUUACUGUGGUGGGGACUCCUCGUUGGGCUCACUCGGAACAGGAUCCCAAGAUUUCAAUCUUGAAGGAAGGGGAUGAUUCAGUGAUGGUAUCACAGUUUAUGAUGGAGUUGCAAGGGCUGAAGACUGUGGAUGGUGAAGACCCACCAAGAAUACUUCAUUUCAAUCCAAGGUUGAAGGGAGAUUGGAGUGCGAAGCCUGUAAUUGAACAGAACACUUGUUAUAGGAUGCAAUGGGGCACUGCUUUGAGAUGUGAGGGAUGGAAAUCCAGGGCAGAUGAAGAAACUGUUGACGGGCAGGUAAAAUGUGAGAAGUGGAUUCGUGAUGAUGAUAGCCGUUCUGAAGAAUCGAAGGUAAUAUGGUGGUUAAAUAGGUUAAUAGGACGAACCAAGAAGGUGAUGAUCGAUUGGCCAUAUCCUUUUGUGGAGGGAAGACUAUUUGUUCUAACUGUGAGUGCUGGGCUGGAAGGUUACCAUAUCAAUGUUGAUGGAAGGCAUAUCACUUCUUUUCCAUAUCGCACUGGGUUUGUUCUGGAGGAUGCCACUGGGUUAUCUGUAAAUGGCGAUAUUGAUGUGCACUCUUUAUUUGCUGCUUCCUUACCCACUGCACAUCCUAGCUUUGCACCACAGAAGCAUAUGGAGAUGUUGACCCAAUGGAAAGCCCCUCCGAUUCCCAAAACAAAUGUGGAGCUUUUCAUUGGCAUCCUUUCUGCUGGCAAUCAUUUUGCAGAAAGAAUGGCAGUUAGGAAGUCUUGGAUGCAGCAUAGGCUAAUCAGAUCUUCACUAGCCGUAGCUCGGUUUUUUGUGGCAAUGCACGGAAGAAAGGAAGUAAAUAGUGAGUUAAAGAAAGAAGCAGAAUAUUUUGGGGAUAUUGUCAUUGUUCCAUACAUGGAUAACUAUGACCUUGUUGUACUGAAGACAAUUGCAAUCUGUGAAUAUGGGGUUCGCACUGUGGCUGCUAAAUAUAUCAUGAAGUGUGAUGACGAUACAUUUGUCAGAGUGGAUGCAGUGAUCGGUGAAGCUCGCAAGGUUCAAGCCGGCAGGAGCCUUUAUGUUGGAAAUAUGAACUAUCACCACAAACCUCUUCGUCAUGGAAAAUGGGCAGUGACAUAUGAGGAAUGGCCAGAAGAAGAUUACCCAGCUUACGCAAAUGGACCAGGUUACAUUCUAUCAUCCGACAUUGCAGAGUAUAUUGUAUCUGAAUUUGAAAAGCACAAGUUAAGGUUAUUCAAGAUGGAAGAUGUGAGCAUGGGAAUGUGGGUGGAGCAGUUCAACAGUUCAAAGCCAGUUGAAUUUCUUCAUAGUCUAAGGUUUUGCCAGUUUGGAUGCAUUGAAGAUUAUUUAACUGCACACUACCAAUCUCCUAGACAGAUGAUGUGUUUGUGGGAUAAGUUGAUGCAGCAAAGAAAGCCACAGUGCUGCAACAUGAGAUGAUAUUUACCCAAUUCAGAUUUGCUAGUUUGGAGAUUUCAGAACAAAGGAAGCAUAGAAAAAGAAGGAAACCAAGUUUUGCAGGCUUAGUCCAAUUUCUGUAAAUAUUAUAUUAUAACUUAUAAGUGGGUUAAAUUUAAUCAGGAAGUUCCUUUUUCAUUAUAAAUUCAUUAAUUUUUUUCCC